AGUUAAUUAAUUUUUGCAGAUACACACUAAUAUUUGCAAGACUUAUUCUAACUUAUACAUUUCCAAUUUGGAUAAUGGUAAAAUCAAUAUAUCAAGAAUGUAAGUUCUUUCUAUGGAACAUGCAGUAAAAUAUAUACUACUUAGUUAAAAUCCAAUUCUGUGAUAAAAAUGAAUUCUUCCAAAGAGACCAUAAUCAAAAUUGAUACCUUGCCAAGCGGUAAAGACAACACAAACACUGAGAUUAAUAUAUUAUGCUUUAAUAUUACUCCAUACAGCCAACUUGUACAAUUUUUGUGCUGCUCUGCUUUUGUAUUUGUAUGUUAUUUGGCAUAUGGAUACUUCCUUGAGCUUAUAUUCUCCAAAGCGGAGGUAAAACCAGUCAGUCUCUAUAUAACACUUAUUCAAUUUUUAAUUACUAUGCUGCUAAGCUAUGUGGAGUCUUUAAUAAGAAAUCCAAUAAAAAGGAAAGUACCAUUAAAGACCUAUGCAGUUUUAGCUGCAUUAACAUUAGGAACAAUGUCACUAUCAAAUUUAGCACUUAGUUACCUGAAUUAUCCAACUCAAUUGAUCUUCAAGAGUUGCAAACUGAUCCCUGUGAUGAUAGGCAGUAUUAUUAUUUUGGGCAAGAGAUAUGGCUUCUUAGACUAUCUGGCAGCAGUUGUAAUGUGCAUUGGCUUGACUAUGUUUACUUUAGCGGAUUCAAAAACAUCUCCCAACUUUAAUGUUGUUGGGGUGCUGGUUAUUUCACUAGCACUACUAUGUGAUGCGAUAAUCGGAAAUGUCCAAGAGAAAGCGAUGAAACAAUUCUUUGCCUCAAACAAUGAAGUGGUGUUUUACUCGUAUGCAAUUGCUUGUUGUUACCUUUUUAUUAUUACAUGUGCCACUGGAAUUUUUGUUGAUGGAUUCACUUAUUGUUCCCAGGAUGCUAUGUCAAUGUACAUAAAUAUAUUCCUUCUUAGCGUGAGUGGUUACAUAGGUUUACAAGCAGUGCUCACGUUGGUCAGAAUCUGUGGUGCCACUGUUGCUGUAACUGUCACCACUAUGCGGAAAGCACUCUCCAUUGUUAUAUCAUUCUUAUUGUUUAGCAAGCCGUUUGUCUUCCAGUAUGUUUGGUCAGGAAUGUUAGUUGCACUUGCAAUAUAUUUAAACCACUAUAGUAAGAAACAUCCACACUAUGUACCUCAGCCACUGCGCUUGUGUUGGCAUUUUGUGCAGUCUUUCUACCAAUCUGAAUAUAAAUAUCUCAAGAUGAAGAGUAAGAUUUAUGCAGAUACAGUUUGACUGAGUACUGAUAGUUAAUUUUUUUGCAAAAAUAUUUACUUCAGUUAG